CUAGAACCUUAACGAGGGUUCUAUCGUCAAGUGUCAGUACAGUGGGAACGUAAAGGACCCGUACCGCCAUGGCCGACAUUCCACUCCAUCUCGAUGUCGCUGAUUCGUCUUCAAUCCUGCCCUUUCCCCUAAGUGGAGAUACUGAUAGUAAUAGUAAUAGUAGUAAUAGUAAUAGUACUAACACUAGUAGUAGUAACACUAGUGGUAAUGGUAAUUCUAUUGGUGGUAGUACUAGUAGUAAUAUUACCGGUAAGAAUACAGUUAUAAUGGGCAAUCGGAAACGUUCUAAUUCACAAUCGCAAGUGGUAGCCAAUGCUACUCCAACUCCUGUUAAUGUCAAUGUUAAUGGAUCUUCUGCUACGACUACAUAUAUUCUCCCUCCUGGUCAUCGUCAACAUACUUUACAACCUAAGAAAAGGAAUCCUGUACAAUACUAUGUUACAUUGAUUCCACUCAAUGAUACAUUUAUAAAGAAACAUUUACCUGUUAGUACGUUUCCUGAAACUACAAAAUUAGGGAGACCAACUGGUACUAAACAUAAACCAGAUGUAACUAAUGGAUAUUUUGAAUCUCGAGUUCUAAGUAGAAAUCAUGCCCAAAUAUUCAUUGAUCCCAGUAAUGGCAAACUUAUGCUUCAGGACUUACAUUCGUCUAAUGGUACAUAUGUUAAUGAUGUCAAAUUAGGUGAUGAACCAGUAGAAAUCAAUGUGGGAGAUAUAGUAUGUUUAGGAUUUAAUGUUCAAACUGAAUCCACCCAUAAACAGAUUAGUCUUAAGAUUGAAAAUAUUAGUGUAAUUCCUAAUGCUUCACCUUCCAAUUCAUCAUCAGACUCAUCAUUCAAUUUCUCACUUUUGAAAGAAGACUCAAGCAUAGAAUUCAAACACUUGAGCUUUAUUGAAGACAUAUACAGACAAAUUAAAGCUCAGGAAUCUCAACCAAAUUCCACUACAAAAGCACAAAAGAAUAUUGAAGAAGUUACAUUUGAUAAUGCUUUAUUUGGAGAUAUAAAUCCUACGUUUGAAGAUAAUUUAUUGGGGUUAUAUUCAAGUGCCAAUUCUGGUAUUUUCAACAAUUCUCAAAUCACUAAUUCCAAUACCUUUGAAAGCAUUAUCAACCUCUUAGUAAUCAACUUAUCGAAAAUCAAGCAACAGAACAAUAAUUUAAAUUCCAUAAGUCAGUUCUUAACCAACUAUCAAGAAAAUGUAAAUUCCAUUAAUUCAAAGUAUCUAGAUAAGCAAUUCAAAUUAAAGACUGCAACUAUUACUAGUGAUUUAAAGGCCGAAAGAGCUACCAAUGCUAAGCUAUAUGAAGAGAUUGUAUCACUUGAGAAACAAUCCAGUAAACUCGAAGAAACAUUGAAUCAGAUGUUAAAAUCAUCCGUACAAGAACGUGAUGAACUAACGAGUAAAUAUGAUAUACUAAAGGAUAAAUAUGAUGCUUUACAGGUUCAAUUAGAAACAGAAAGGAAAUCGAAUAAAGUAUCUCGAAGUUCAUCUCGAAGAGAUUUCUCUGAAUUUAAGGAUGCAUCGACAGAAUUAAUCCUAGAAGAAUUCCCGACUACCGAUCAUACCAGUUCCAAUUCGGAAUUACUAUCACCGAGUGAUAUAUCUAAUGGUAAUGGUAAUAGUGUGGAUAGUCAUUUCCACCCAGAAGAAAUCUCAUUGCAUCGGAAUGGAGAUGAUUCUAAUGGAGGCAGUAAUGCAUUAAUGACUCCCACUACCCCUCAUCACAAUCAAGAUAAUGAUAAUGAAAUUAACGAAAUUAUUCAUAAUUCUGCAGCAAAUAUAGUGCCUGACGGUAAUAAUCAGUUUCCUCAAAUACGUCGUCGUAAUGAUAAUGUAGAGCUAACACCACCAAUCUCCGACGACGAAGACAUUGUUCAUCACGAUAUAAUAACACCCGAAGAAUUAGAGGAAUUAGAAGAAAUAGGUAAUGACAGUGAACUCAAUGGUAUUUCGGAAGAAGAGCGACAUUCAUCGAUAUCCACAAUCAAAGCCAUAUUUCAUACUGAAGAAUCUGAAGCUCCAGAGGCAUCAGAGGUACCCGAUAAUUCUGAUUCUCCAGUAACUACACAAUUACACAGAUCCAUCGACCCGCAGUACACAGUACCCAUAACAAUUGCUUGUAUUUCAGUGCUUGUGCUAGCCUACUGGUUGAAGUCGUUAGAUAUGAACGCUGUUAGUUAGUAAGUAAGUAUAGUUAAGUAUAGUAAGCAUGGCUCCAUGCCGCAGUAAUAAAGUGUACACAGUGCCUGUUU